AUGUCUGAUCAGCAAAACUCCUCCAGCAACAAGCCCACAUGGAAUAUACCCACUUUAGAUGAGAUUGAGAAGCGUAAAGCAGAUCAGACAAAGCAGACAUUAUCCUUUUUUAAGGCGAAGCGUACAAUGGCUCAAGCUAAUGCAGCUGAAGACAACAAUGCGUCAUCUACAACAGCAACAGCAGAAAUAUCAAUUAAUGGCGGCAAUGCAGCUCCCACAAUAGCAUCACCAAUAGCCAGAGCCACAGUAGCAUUACCUACACGGUCCAGCACAUCUUCAUCAUUCAAUAGGUCAUCAACAACAACCACACCGCCCGUUCGUCGAGCAGCGGGAAACACAAUUCUAGUGAAUCCCACACAGCAAAAGAAUCCUAUUUUGAAGCAUGUUCAUAACGUACCUUGGGAGCCGUCUGAAGCCAUCAAGAUGGAUUAUGUUGUUGGACAAACCACCGGUGUCAUUUAUCUCAGUUUGCGUUAUCAUCGAUUAUACCCAACUUACAUAUACGAUCGGUUGAACAAUGUCAAGAAUUUGUAUGUGAACCGUAUCUUGCUGGUCUAUGUGGAUGUGGACAGCUUCCAUGAUGCUUUGCGUGAGAUCAAUCGAAUUGCUAUAUUGAGCGAUUUCACAUUGAUGCUGGCAUGGAGUCCAGAAGAGGCAGGCCGUUAUUUAGAGACGUAUAAAGCGUUUGAAAACAAGGCGCCAGAUCUGAUUCGAGAGAAAGUGGAUGAUGAGUAUUUUGCCAAAAUCACAGAUUGUUUGACCCAGAUUCGAAGUGUGAACAAGACGGAUGUGCUGACAUUGCUAUCUACGUUUGGAUCGUUGAAGCAAGUAGCAGAUGCAAAAACGGAUGCCUUGGCCAUGUGUCCUGGCUUUGGUGAGCAAAAGGUACGACGAUUACAGCAAACAUGGAAGCAACCCUUUUUGGCAAACAAAAAACAGAAAAAGCAAUAG